UUGAAGGGAAUUUUCAACAGCUGAGGAGGCGUAGCUAGCUAUGGCUAGCACUUGUUAAAGCUUGGAGAUGGCUGAGAAGAAUCAAGAAUCACCCUGAAUGUGUCUUCUAGAUGAGUGACCUUGAACUUUAUUCAUGCUGAAGCCAAGGAACUGAAUAGAUUCAACUCUGCAUUAACAGAAAGCAAAGCAAGAGCUCCUCUUGACUUCAUCUUGCAUGACAUAGUCCUGUUUGUCUGGAAACAAGUUAGGCUUUGAGCCAAUACCAGAGAUGCCUGUACUAAGUCAUCCAUACAGGCUGAUGCCUAUCAAACCCAACUGAACCACCAGACAACUGCAUUUCUUGUUCAAAGGAUGUGCCACUGAGUGGACUUAAAGUCUCUCUCCUCUCCCAUCUCUCCUAAACAUUGAAACUGAGUUUGUGUGGGGGGUGAAGAGUUAAUAAUGGUGAUGAAAAAUGGUGCUUGAAUGUGGCAUCCUGGUGCAAGGUGUGCCUAAAGGCGGGAGGCGCUCUCAGAAAAGUAUAACAGCUGACUGAUAGUCUGUUUCCAAUAAUGGAUGCUAAGUUAAAAGAGGACCUUUUUCGGAGGUAUGUCACAGCACUGGAGAGACGUCUGGAGGAGGGGGGUGAAUAUACAGGGACUGGAACCACACCAGAGGGAGACAAAAGCAAACACAAGGACAGUGAGGCCCUGCUCUCAACCGCAACAGCUCUGCUUGGAGCCUACCAGCCAGAUCCUGGACAGCGAUUUCGCAUGGUGCGUUUCUAUGAGAUGGUGGAGAACUCGCUUCGCUGCCAGAGAGGAGCCAACAUUAAGGUCCUGGAGAGAGCCUUUCACACCCUGGAAACCAUCUGCACUAACCUCUUGCUCUUUCCUUGGAAGAAGGAGUUCCGAUGUAUAAAAACCUUCACUGGGCCAUACGUGUACCAUCUGCAGUCUGCCAUUUCUGAUGCUGAACUCCACACUCUGAUGCGCACCAUCGGAUAUGCCUGUGACCAUGAUUCGCAGUUCUAUUUACAGGAGCACCCAGGGGGUGCAAAUCAUCUCCGGGAGUUGGCGUUUGAGCUCUUCCUGGCCCAGGCAGAGUGUCGUCUUCUGGGGGAGAUAGUGGCUCUGGCUCGUGGUUCAGCCUCAGAGCUGGAAGCUGUGGAACUUCGCAGAGGUUGCAGAGAUGAUGCAGCAGGCUGUGCUGAGGCACUCCGCAGACGCGACAGCCUUGGGGCAGAUAUGGCUCGGCUUUCUGUGCGGCCGUUGGAAAUAGAGAGGCCUUAUGCCCAUCACCUGAGGCGAGGUAGCCGUCCAUCCAAGUCUGUGGAUGUUACAGAUGGAGCUGGUCACUGGCACGCAGCUGUUAGCAAGCCUAUUUUGAAGGCCUCAUUGAGUCUAAGGAAGGAACCUCUGUUUGUGGAUGCAGAGGAGGAUAUGAAGGAUGAGAUCAUCAGGCCCAGCACGUCGGCGUCUUUUUUCUCUGUUGCGGCCCCACCUUCAUAUAGCCCUGUUGCAGACUUUUUCCCAAUUCAGUCACCUCCCCCAGCUGAUCCUUACGCAUCAUACCAUCUGUCCUCUUUGGAUGAGAUCGACUUGUACACAGAACGAGGUGGUGCUGGGACAGGAGGAAGGCAAACUCCAUCUCGACCUCCAUCCAGAGAGCCUCGAGAUGCAAGGGAUGGAUGGUUGCUCAAAGCUCAUGGUAGUGUGAAGUGUCAGGGCUGUGGGCUGGGCUGCUCCUCAAUGGCCUCCUGUCAAAGAUGUGACAUGAUUCUUUGUUCUGCCUGUCAUGAUGUAGACCCCUCCCCUUGCUGUGGGCUCCAGGACUACCAUCCCAAAUCCCCACGACCCCUUGACGGAUACAUUCCUGUCAAGGAAAAGCUCUCUGUUUACUCUAAUACUCAUUCUCAUUCCCAUCUCCAUCCACACCCUUUAACACUGACCCACUCACAUUCCCAUCCUCACCCUCACCCCCAGAUGGUGGAGAAACCCCUCAUGUCCACCAAGCUGUUUCCAAGCAAGUCUGUUGCCUUGACAACACCAAAAGGAGGGAGCAGUGAGCGAUUGAAUAUGGGGGGACCACGAUGUGGGUUUUGCAACAAGCCAGGUGCAUCACAUACCUGUGUGAACUGCUCUAAGGUGUCAUGUGACUCGUGCAUGGGCUUGUAUGCAAAAGAUAUGUGCACGCGAAAGAAUCCUCAGCACAGCUUUGUGCCAAACCAUCAGCUCAACUUUAAAUCUGGCACCAUAACACAUCUGGUGUACCGAUGAAUCAGGCAGACUACACUCCCUUCCCUCCUCUUCCAGCUCGCCUCUCUUAACCUGCAAUGUAGUAUUGCUAAAGCAUUCUUUACGCUUAAAACGUUUAUUUACUAUCUCUACCUUUUACCUGAUACUCUAUAACCCUCUCUUGUACAUUUUAUUUAUCCUUUCAGUAGGGCCAUGAAAUGCACAUGCCACAGAGAGCCAUAUCAUCUGCCCAUCUUUCUGCCUUGUACAACUUCAGGUCUUUUUUAUUUUUAUGUUUUUCAUUGCUAUCUGCUUUUGAGUAGUCAUGUGAUGUUGUAGCACAGGGCUGCUUAAUUUCGUCCCACAAAGGCCGCAGCCCGGGAGAUUUUUAAUGAAUCCCUGCUCCAACAUUCCUGACUCAAAUUAAUGAGUCAUUGUGCAGAACCUCAUGAGCUGUUGGAUCCAUUUCAUUUAGGUCAGGUGUGUUACAGCAGGAAAACCUACAAGACUGCAGCCCUUGUGGAACCAAACUGAGUAGCCCUGUUGUAGCGCUUCCCACCCUCCUCAAAAUACAUUCAUACUCUAGAUAUAUAUAUACAUGUAUGUGGGUAUGUAGCAAAGACAUUUGAGUUUGCAUUGUGAUAGUGGAGAUUUUUUUAAACUUGAAAAAAAAUGUAGGGGAAGAAGAAAAAACACUGGAAGUCAAAUAAGUGAAUAGUAUAUAUUUUUAAUCUCUUCUCAAGAACAAUGUGAGACUGUUAAAUAGGCACUAGGUCUGGCAUUGAGAUUAUUUGGGUAUACAUUUUCUGUAUGUGGGUGUGGGGUGGGAGAUAUCUCAAAGGGACACAGUGAGAGAGUGGUCAUUUCCAUAUGUUGUAUUUAAAAAAAAGAUUAUGCCUUGUAAAUUAACCCUGAAUGGUCUUGGCUAAGGUUUAAAUGCUGCUGUUGACGUUGAAGAUGUGUGACGUUGAUUUCUUUCUGAUAGUUUUCUCAGUUCCCAGCCUCCGUUUUCAUUACACCCCUCAAGCCUUCAUGGUGUGGUUAUUCAUUGAUCUGGUGCUUUCACACCUGAUCAGUGGGUCCCUGUGAGUCUCAGGUGGGGGUCACCAGAAGUCUCAUGUUGGGUUACUAAUAAAGUGACUACAGAACACAUGAACUUACUGAUUGGUUUAAGGCUGUAUAAAAGUUUAUAUUCUAACAUAGUUUCUGUCUACCUCAAAUGGCAUUUGCAUAUAUACUCAGUUUGACUUUGUGGUUUCAAACUAGCCCCUAUAACAAAAAGUCAGUUUACUGAACAAGGUUUCUGUAAUUUGUAACUUGUCUAUUAGCCAAGUAAAAACCAUCCCCUUAUAAUAUUUAGCCAGUCUGCCACUUUUGGAGGUUUACUUUCUGAGGUAUUCCUGGCAUCCACACAUUUCAGAAGGCGUUCUUGUAACUGGUUACAGUUUCUGUAUAUGGAGAAAUCGCCUGCAAGUCCUAUUACUGUUUGUAACUGUUAUCUCUUAAUUUUGGCGUGCGAAUAAGAGCUUGUUGUGCUUUUUCUUUCCUUAAUGUACAAAUAUACUUUCAGGAAUGAGUUUUAUGGUCACUUUGAGCCUCUAUUAUGUGCUACUGUACUGGGUUGUUUUAUCUUGUUGGCAGAAGACAAACUACUUAAUUUUCAGUCCAGUACAUUUACAUGCACAGUUAUGUAAAGUUAUGCUCCAAUCUUGACUUGGGCUUUUAAUUAGACAACUCUCAGAUGUGAAGGGGAUCUGUUUAUUGACCAAGGUGUGUUCAGUGUCAUGAUGCUUUGGGAAUUUUUGUAAAAACAUUCAGCUUAUUCUGCUCCUUCUAACUUUAAUGUGUGAGAGCAGUGAUAUUGUGCAAAUAUAGCUGAAAUUAUUGAUUGAUUUAUUUUGAGCAUUCAAAAGUAUGUUCUACUUUACUUGUAGACAUAUUUACUGCAUAGUUGUUGUUUUAAGUUACCUGAAUGAUUUUGUCACAUCACAACAUGGUUAGCAGGUAUUUUGGUGUGUAGAUGUGCCGAGCAGCAGUCUUGAAAUGCUUUAAUUGACCAUGUGUUAACAUGUGGUCUUAAUGGGCUGCCUUUCACGCACAAAUUCUGAUGUGAUUAGCCAUCUGGUUAAAAAAAAAUAUAUAUAUGAAUUUGACAAUAUUAAAAUACUCUACAGUUUUUACACUAUUUACAUACUUUAUAAUUUGUGGUUAUUCUGUUUUUACUGGCUACUUCUGUGAACUGGCCAGUUUGCAUCUAGCUGUGAAUAUACAUGAAGUAAUUUGACUUCCUAUCAUAAUCUGUCCAUUUUUAGAAGUAAAAUUUCAUAUUUUUAGUCUGACUAACAUUGCUUACAUGUAUUUUAAAAGGCUGGUUUUGGCUGUUUUCUUUUUUCUUUUUUACUGUCAUGUAAAUGCACUGACUGACAGGCACACGGCUUAUGAGAUUACUUGAAAAUUGAUAGCGCUCUUUCCAUGGCUUGUUAAAUAUUUGCAGCUGUGCAGUUGAGGUUUGGAUCAAAUAGCUGGCGUAUAACUUCUAACAGGGAUUUCACCUGCAUGCACAGUACCAUUAUUGCAAGUUUGGAGUGACUGAAGCUCUCAGAACUUCUCAGCUAGUUAGAAUUAAUUGCAUAUUUUAAGACACCUAAAUCUGUUAUAGCUGUGUGUUGGAGGUGGUAUAUUAUUGAAUUACAUUUGUUCAUUAGUAUACUUUAAAACUGCCAUCCAACAAAUUUGAUGUAUACUCUGCUUUCACUCUGCUUGCAUUUAAACCUGAUACCCAUACAUUUAGUGGGUACCUUGAGUGUUUUGACUUUCAUUCUCCAGAUAAGAGAACUAUUUUAUAUUGCCAUCGAUAGUCACCAAGGGCUAAUUUUAAAUCACUUUUUUUUGGUUUGUUUAAAGCGCAAGUUUGGUUUAUUUUGACAGAUUACUUGGGCAACUGUAGCCUUUAUGUUCUGUCAGGAAUAACCUCUAAAUGCCUUAAAUUGCAGAGUAUUUGUUUGUCAUUUACCCCGUUAUGUGUCUUAAGAACAUGUAGAUUCAACAUUAACAUGUGCUUGCCAGGCUUCCCAAGCUGAAUUCGAUCAUGUGGUAGUUGAGGAUUAAUUAUUAUUUUUUCUUUUCUUUUUUUUUUAUCAAGUUUGGUAUGUAUUCUGGUUUGCUAACAGGUAUUACCUAAAGUGAUACUGGUUUUAGAAAGCUAUAUAUAUAUAUAUAUAUAUAUAUAUAUAUAUAUAGUACUCCUUUUCAUUCCUUCCCCUCAAACUUUAAAUCUGUAUUUUAUGUCUUAAUCUUGUUAAAACUUAAAAAAAGGGAUGUUUUGAUACCAACUUGAUGUAGUUUGGAGAUUCUUUGACAGAUGUUCUUGGUCAACAUUAAUUCAUUUGCGUGUCAAAGAGACUUUAAUGACUUAAAGGGAGAUGUGCAAUUUUUCCAUUUAACAAAGCCUUUCUAAAUAUUUUGAUUAUAUAUCUUAGAUGUAUUUCAGUUUGAAAAUCAUACCAGCAACAAAGAUGACUUGUAGAAGUAUUGAGCCAUGUUGCAAGAGUGAUCAUAUUGCCAAAUGAAGAACAAAUAUCUCUGGAGUAGAA